GGGAGGGCCUAAUGCAGGAAGGAAAUCAGUAGGAGGCUUUAUCUUUCUGUAUGGCGGCUCACCUAUCUCAUGGAAAUCGAAAGUCCAAAGCUGCGUCGCCACAAGCAGCAAUGAAGCCGAAUAUAUGGAAGGAUCUGAAGCAUCAAAAGAGGCUGUAUGGCUUCGCCGUGUAUGCAUUGAAAUGGGCAUCGCCAAACCUGACUCUCCGCCCAUUGAGCUCUACAUGGACAAUGAAGGAGCAAUCGCCCUAUCCUCAACAGAAGGGACCAAGAGAUCCAAACACAUCGACGUCCGAUUUCAUCAUGUUCGAGACCUACGGGCCCUAGGCCUAGUCAGCAUAGAGAGCAUACGCUCAAGGGAGAAUCCAGCAGACGGACUCACCAAGCCUCUAAGCACCCCAGACCACCGACACUUCCUUCAUCUCAUCAAUAUGGACCGACAACACCACCACCGCCAUCAAAACGGCCAGACUUCAGAUGGAAAAUAGAAGCGAACCCUUGUCCCAUUCCGUUUCCUAUUUUAUUUGUUAUUCACUGUUUUUGUUGAACUCCAGAUUUCCUGUAUAUCUGCUUUAUUUUGUAUGCGUUUUACUAUGUAUUUAGAGCUUCUG